UCAGUGCUAACAGGGUAACCACACAGAUGGCAGAAUGAAACCAAGAAAAAUCCUGCCUGUAUUUGUUAUACUCGCAUGUCUGCUUUUACUGUACAUUCUUCACAAGAAUCGAGAGCUCACACAGAAAAAUGAUCUUAGCAGAAGAAUGGCAAAAGAAAAAACUGUCAAAACUGUCAAGUUGUCCAAAAAGAUGCAGCUGAAAUGCCGGGGUCUAAACAAGAAAAUACUUUCAAAGAGGAUACUAGACAAAAUAAUAUUUGAGACACUAACUAAACAAAUUCAACUGAUGCAAAUUUGCCCUUGGAAGCAAAACGCCAAACUUGUAGCACAGUACAGGUCUGAAUUUAAACAAUGCUGCAAUGCCAGUCAGGAUCUGGUUCUGACCCAAGAGAACACUGUGAUGGGGCAGAAGAUUUUGUAUGAAACAAACAGAAAGAAAUCAGUCAUUGUGAAAGACAUGCUCUUCCAGAUGCUGCCAAAGGAGCCUUUAUGGAGCCAAACAUUGGGCCACUGUGCUGUUGUUGGGAAUGGAGGCAUUUUAAAUAAUAGCAGAUGUGGACAGCAGAUUGACAAAGCCGACUUUGUUAUCAGGCUUAACCUGCCUCCACUAAAUAAUGAAAAUGAUGUCGGCAUGAAGACAAGUCUAGUGACAGCGAAUCCCACCAUCUUGAGAAGAUUCGACUUCCUAAGCUACACUCGGAAAUCAUUUGAAAAGAUGAUGGAGGUGUAUGGCCAGUCUGUGGUGGUCAUGCCGGCGUUCAGUUAUGCCUCAUGUACAGAGCCUUCUUUCAGAGCCUUCUUCACCCUGAAGGACUUCAAUCUGCAGAAUGUCACCUUCUUUCAUCCUGAAUAUCUACUCCGACUGAAUAAUUACUGGAAAAGUAAAGGAUUGCUUGCCCAGCGGCUCUCAUCUGGCAUGAUGUUGGUCAGUGUUGCCCUAGAGCUUUGCUCCAAAGUCACCCUUUAUGGUUUCUGGCCCUUCUCCUCAAACUUGAAUCGAAAACCCAUUUUUCACCAUUACUACGAUAAUGUAGGACCGAAGAAAGGAGUGCACAAGAUGUCAGAGGAAUUCCUGUUAUACAUGCAGAUGCAUAGCAAAGGACUUCUGCAACUCAAAAUUGGAAUGUGUUCAUAA